CAUCGCAAUGGUGUUCGCCACCAUCUUGUAUCUUGCCUGCACCUGGAUAUCAAUGUAUUGUGCGGAAGACCCAAGCAAAGAUCCGAACGAGAUUUCCAUUCGCCAAGCGUCAUUCUAUUUACCGACGCUGACAUGGCAGAAUCGAGUCAAUGUACGUCAUGCGUAAACUUCUUGGACAUGCAUAUCUCAACAGCCAAGCCUCCACUCCGCUGCUGAAGAUCCAUUCCGCGGAUAAAAGCGCAUGAAGCUAGUCUCGUGACUUGAAGUCGAAGCGAGCUCUCACCUCAACGAGUGGUUCUUCAUAGCCGAAUUGAGUAAUGAUGCGCAUGACACCCCGCGAUUCGGGAGACGUUUUGCGGGGAUCGAUCGUUGGAAAAACGGAGAAGAUGCAGCAAUAAGAAGGCCUAGAAUAUGCUUGAUGAAUGCUGUAUGAACUGGGCUACCACGUAGUAGAAUGUCGUUUAAAGAGAAGGACCUUGAAGCUGAGCGAAACGAGCAUAUCUCGUUCGAUGAGAAAGGCGAUCGCGGUGAAGAUGGCCGCGUUAACAUUGAGGAUGUCGACCAACCAAAUGAUACAUCAGGACAAGCAUCGUCGCCUUUCGAAAAGGAUGACAAGGAAACCCGUCGCAUUAUUCGAAAGAUAGAUCUCAGACUCCUGCCAACACUCGCUGUUAUCUAUGCCUUUGCACUCAUCGACCGCGUUAAUCUUCCAAAUGCGCGUAUAGCAGGCAUGGAUGAGGACCUAGGCCUCUCUAUCGGCUCACGUUAUUCAAUCCUCACAAUGAUCUUCUUCAUCCCUUACAUCAUCUUUCAGUUCCCGGCCAACAUCAUCAUCAGAAAACUUGGUCCCGCCGUAUGGCUACCUUCUCUAGUCAUCUGCUGGGGAGCUGUCACGAUUGGCAUAGGUUUUACGAAUGAUUGGACGCAGGCACUAGGCUGCAGAAUCAUCCUCGGCGUCCUGGAAGCAGGGUAUUAUCCAGGUUGUGUCUUCCUGCUAAGCUGUUGGUACGCGAGAUUUGAGGUACAGAAGAGGUUCAGUGGAUUCUAUCUGCUAGCCCUUCUUGCAAGUGGUUUCUCGAACAUCCUUGCUUGGGGACUAAGCGAGAUGAGAGGCCUUGGAGGUCUAAACGGAUGGCAAUGGAUAUUCGCUAUAGAGGGCGCCAUCACUGUCCUACUCGGCUUCAUGGGUUUCGUAACAAUAAUCGACUUUCCCGAUAAAGCCAGCCAGCCUAGCCCAAUAACAAAGCGCCCUUUCUUAACCUCUGCGGAAGCCAACAUAAUUCUUGCCCGUAUUCAACGCGAUCGCGGUGAUGCUGUCGCCGAUAAGCUUACCUGGUCAACCAUCUCAACGCAUCUCCGCGAUUGGAAGAUCUGGGAGUUUGCCUGGCUCUACUUCCUCAACAACGUCGUCGCGUACAGCUGGGGGUAUUUCUUACCCAUCAUUCUACGCAACGACAUGAAAUACUCCGUCGCUAUGAGUCAGAUCCUGUCUUUCCCGCCAUACGUGCUGGCUGCGGCUUGGAUGUUCGCCACAGCAUGGGUUGCCGACCGGUACAGGAUGCGUGGUGCAAUCAUUAUAUUCAACUGUGCAUGGGCUGUCUUGGGAGUAUGCAUGAUGGCAUUCCUCAGCAACGCUCGUGCACGAUAUGCCGGAGUCUUCUUAGGUGUUAGUGGAGCGAAUGCGAAUGUGCCCAGCUUGUUGAGUUAUAUGCAUAACAACAUCGUGGGUCAGAUGAAGAGAAGCGUUGCUAGUGCGCUAUUGAUUGGGGGCGGAGCCUGUGGAGGUAUUGCAGCAUCGAAUAUCUUUCGACAACAAGAUGCGCCAAAGUACACACCUGCCAUGGCUGUUGUGAUUGCGACUCAAGUUCUGACCAUAGUCCACGUGCUUAAGAACUUUUGGGUGUACUCACGAGCGAAUCGCCAGGCAGAUCGAGGCGAGAGGAUCUUGGAGGGACAAGAGGGCUUCCGACAAACGCUGUAGAUAUUGCUACCGUACUUGCAAUCGCUCUGACGACCUAAUAUGAAAAUUUUGACGAUAUGCCGCUACGCUAUGCUAUGCCAUGC